GUUGUUUACGUUUGAUCAUUGAUUACAUUUUUUCGGUCUCCACAUUUCGAGAACAAUUUGUUGUAUUUUAAAACACUAGACAUGCAUGAUUUACUAAUCAACGUUACUAGCGAACACAAUUUUGGCCUGACCGUUCACCUUCUGAUCGACUACCUUCUGGAAGUUCCAAAAGCUCCAUCCACCAAACAGAAGCUAUCCACCCUGCUAAACGUCCCAAGUGCCGGCGAUGACCUGACCGUGACCCUGAAACUGGUCGAGAACCUCUUUCGCCAGUACUGCCUCAACGAGCUUACCGAAGCCGAGCUGCGAGCGCACUUUUCCAACCUGACUGCCGCGACGCAGGCCACCCUCGUGGACGUGCUCGAGCAGCGCAAACCGGAAGUGGCCCAGUUCCUGAUCAACGAGGUCAACGCCAAGGCGCACCCACUGAUGGAGUCGUUCGAUUGGGACGUCAAGUGGAUCAUGGGCAACAGCAGUCUGGCGUCGGUGCGGGAACAGAUCGCGACGGUGGCACUCAACUGUCGGGGCAAAGAUCAGCGCCUGCAACAGGUGCGGUUCGAAAUGGAUCGCGCCCGGUUGGGUGAAAUGAUUCGGCUGCUGGAGGAAGUGGGCGGGAGUGCGGAGGUGGACAAGUAGGGUUUGGGUUUGGGGAAUAAAUGUUACUUGAGUUAUAUU